GAAGUGCCACCGGAACUCUGCUACAGCACGCCCGCCGCACAUACAGAGCUCCGGUAACCUCCAGCUCCAUGCGGACCCGGAGAAGUGGGAAGCCUGCACGUGUGGCACAGGGAUCCCGGGACCAGACGAGGGAAGGCCGCCCGAAAGAAAGGAGGCCUUCCCUCCUGUACAGGUACAAAAAACCCUCAGGAGCACCGUAACCUGUACUCCUGGAGGCAGGGGAAAGAGGACCCCUGCGACCAUAGGGCUUUCCUAGGGUAGGGAAGCAGCAAUAGCCCUGGUCCCCUAGCCCAGGGAAAAAAAGAAAAUAAAAAAGUUUAACCAAAAAAUAGGAGCCCCAAGAGACUCCGGCUCUGUCCUGGACCUAAUAGGAACAGGAAAACACUGGGGAAGGUGCAGGGGGAGGGGCUUUUAACCUUUUCUGUUUCCUGUUCCUAUUAGGUCCUAUGGGACCAUCUCUCAUGUGGGCUGUCAUGGUGGACGAUAUGUAAAAUAUGAAGUGAUGAAGCCAGUGGGUAGUAAAUUCCCUCUGCGUGUGCUAAUAUGCAGUCAGCUUAAUCUUAUAGGAGAAAAGGAUGACACGCCUGUUCAUUUCUGUGAUAAAUGUGGCCUGCCUAUCAAAAUAUAUGGACGUAUGAUACCUUGCAAGCACGUGUUUUGUUAUGACUGUGCCCUGCUACAUGAGAAAAAGGCAGAUAAGCUUUGUCCAGGAACUCUUGUUGAAGAAAGUACUAACGCCUAUAAACGUGUGAGCUGUAAUGAUCCAGUUCAGAGAAUCGAGCAGUGUGCACGUGGAACGCUCUUUAUGUGCAGUAUUGUCCAAGGAUGCAAGAGAACAUAUCUGUCCCAGAGAGACUUACAGGCACAUAUUAAUCAUCGGCAUAUGAGAGCAGCAAAGCCAGCCACUCGACCUCAGCCUGAACCAAUCCACCCUCCUAUGGCUCCACCACCCACUGAUUUGGCUGAUCGUUUCAUCAUGCCCCCAGAUAAGCAUCUUUUGAGUCACAUGCCACCAAAGCAGCACAUACUGAUUCCCCCACCCCCUAUUCAACAUGUGCCUCAUGAGCAUUUUAAUCAGCAACAUGAAGAUAUGCGUGCUUCUCCUGCUGAAAUGUCCAUGGCUCCACCCCCACCUCGCACUGUUCCUCAAGAUGCUUUCAGAAUUAAUACUAGAACACACAGCAAUUUAAUAACCGUACCUAUACAAGAUGAUUCUGGUUCUGGAGCUAGGGAAGCUCCUCAGGCACCUGGUCCUACUCUUCAUCACCCUGAAUAUCCUGGUCAACCAGUAGUAACUCAUCCUCAUCAUAUUAUGCCUCCACAGCAACAUUAUGCACCACCACCUCCACCCCCACCCCCAAUAAGUCAUCCGUUGCAGCACCCACCUCAAGGAGCUGGUACACCCCACAUGGUGUACAGCCAAGGACCUCCACCACCCUUGACAACUGCUCCACCGCCAAUAACACCUCCCCCUGGACAUAUAAUUGCUCAGUUGCCACCUUACAUGAAUCAUCCUCCUCCAGGACCUCCACCUCCGCAACACGGCGGUCCGCCUGUAAAUGCCCCACCUCCACAUCAUUAUAAUCCUAACUCUUUACCACAAUUUAAUGAAGAGCAAGGAACUCUUAGCCCACCUUUCACACAGCCUGGGGGAAUUAGCCCAGGCAUAUGGCCAGCACCAAGAGGACCUCCACCGCCUCCACGAAUGCAGGGUCCUCCAAACCAAGCCCCUAUUCCUGGGCCUCAUCAUCCUGACCAGGCUAGAUACAGACCAUAUUAUCAGUGAUUUUACUUUUGAACUCCUAGAUUUUAUUUUUAUGCUUGAUUAUUGAACUUGUGUGACACUCUAUAGACUGGUGUGUACAUACUGUUUUGCUUUUUAAUCCAGCAAAGUUCUUUAAAUAUGUAAUUGUGUAAACACAAUAUAGUGACCUUCCCAAUGCAUAGCACUAACAGUCUCAACACUUUGCUUCUGACUUUUUCUUUGUUACAGUACAUCUUUUGAUAUCAGUUGUUAUGGUUAAUGAAAUGAUUCAAAAUGAAUGUAUAUUUAGGUGUACAGUUGUAUCCCUUGCCCUUUAAAUGGUGUUAUGAUUCAGUAACCACUGCUGUACUGUAGGCUGGUAUUUCUACCAGUGGUUAAAUAAAUAUACUUUACUAGAA